GGUGUUUAGCCACGGGACCGGGGGCCGGACAGGAGGCCGCCCCGCCACCGCCCAGGGGCGGGCAGAGCAGGGCGCGGGGCCGAGGGGACCCGCCGUUGCCUCAGGCCUCCUCGCAGGAAACACCCCGGAGGAGCGCCCUUCUUCGCGAGGCGGGGAGGCCAUGGCUUUCCUGAGGCGCGCGAGGCGGCCCCUCAUCAUGGCGGCGGCCCUUUCCUUCCUGGCGCUCUUCGCCUCAGCGCGGGCCGAAGGAGGCUGCGCCGGCCGCGCCUCGGGGCUGUGGCACCAGCGGCCUGCCGGCUGGGAGCCCGAAGCGUCGGAGGCCUGCCCGGCGGAGCUCUCCCCUCACGAGGCGGCGGCGGGCUUGGUGGUGGCGUCGGUGUCGUCGUCGUCGUCCUUCCGCGGCCCGGGCAACUCGGACCCGCGUCCCAACCGGGAGCUGCCCAUCCUGCUGUGGUGGAGCGGCGGCCUGUUCCCGCACUUCCCGGGCUCCACGGCGCGGCUCGAGUGCGGCGGCGGCUCGUGCCUGGCCACCAAGGAGCGGCGGGCGAGGCUCCGGCGCCGGACGCGGGCGCUGCUCUUCUACGGGACGGACUUCCGCGCCUACGAGGCGCCGCUGCCUCGCCCGGCGCACCAGGCCUGGGCGCUCUUCCACGAGGAGUCGCCCAUGAACAACUACCUGCUCUCGCACGGCGCCGGCGCCCGCCUCUUCAACUACACGGCCACCUUCCGCCGCGAGUCCGGCUACCCGCUCAGCCUGCAGUGGCUGCCCGACCUCGCCUACCUGCGCAGACCGCCGGCGCUCGGCCUGGCCGAGAAGGAGCGCGCCCGGCGGAGGGAAGGCCUGGCCGCCGUCCUCUACAUCCAGUCCCACUGCGACGUCCCCUCCGACCGGGACAGGUACGUCAGGGAGCUCGCCAAGCACCUCCAGGUGGACUCUUACGGUGCAUGCCUGAACAACCGAGAGCUUCCCAGCGCGAGGCUGAAGGACACUUCCACAGCCACCACAGAGGACUCUGAAUUCAUGGCUCUUAUAUCCAAGUACAAGUUCCACCUGGCGAUGGAGAAUGCCAUCUGCCGCGACUACAUGACGGAGAAGCUUUGGCGGCCAAUGCACGUCGGAGCCGUUCCUAUAUAUCGAGGCUCCCCAUCGGUACGUGACUGGAUGCCGGACAACCAUUCCAUCAUCCUCAUUGAUGACUUUGGGAGCCCCAAAGAGCUGGCGGAAUACAUUGAUUUUCUGGACAGGAAUCCAGAGAAAUAUUUGGAAUACCUGAAGUACAAGAGUCCCGGCGGCAUUAUGAACAGGUUCUUGGUGGAGAGUAUGGAGAGGCGGGAAUGGGGAGUGAAUGAUAUGACCCUGCCUAAUUAUUUGAACGGGUUCGAGUGCUACGUCUGCGACAAGGUAAAUGCCAGAAUGAAGGCAGAGGAGGAGCAUAAGAAGUCUCGUGGCAAACUGCCAGCCCCCGAGCCUGAAAUCGCCCAGUUCUCACACAUGGGCUGCCCGCCACCAGCACCCGGGUAUGGAAAUAUUGAAGACAUUCCUGAUGGAGACAGCUGGAAGGAGAUGUGGCUGCAGGAUUACUGGCAGAGCCUCGAUCAGGCUGAAGCCCUCACAGCCAUGAUUCACCACAACGAGUCGCAUCAGGGGAGAUUCUGGGACUACAUGCACCAAGUCUUCAUGAAGAGAACCCGGCAAAACUAACCAGACUUGUUAUUCAAGCUUCUUCGGUGCUACAAGAGGCAAGCAGGGGAUCCACCGAUUUACCAGCACCCAAAUUGCUGUUCCAGGACAACUUGGAAAUCAUCUUUUAUAUAUGGUAUUCUCAUUUUGGAGAUUACUUUUUUAAAAUUUCUUGCUUCCAAGAAAAGGCCAAUUUUGAACCAGCUUUUUGUAUUGGUUCAUUGCCACUGCUCCAAGACAAGGAAGCCUCCCUGAUCUGUGGGGCAAAGAAUUCAGCAUUUCUGCUGCUUCAGCAUGUCUCAGAAAGUACUUUUUGGUGUGUAUGUGCCAAAUUCCUUAACACGGACUGUUGGGCUUACUAUAAAAGUCCUGAAUGGUUGCACUUCAGGGAUUACCUCCAUUCAUAAGUAUUAUUCAAUAUACA